AAUCAUAUAAAUUGCAGUUUAUCAACAUUUCGCUGUAUUAUUCAACGAACAGAUCCAGUUGUUAAAUACAUACGACAAUCAACUUGGAAGUGCCUCAGUUGCUAUAAUUCUCUAUCAAUUAUUGUUCGAAAUCGAACUGUAACUCACAAAGCUCCAAAGUGUAAGCAAUGCUUAAAGCCUUGCAUAGAGUUACCUGAAAAUCGUGUGACUUCUGAAUUUUGUUCUGCAUUCGUCUUUGAGGCUGACUCUAUCUUAAAUUAUCGAGAAUAUCUCUCAAUCAAUACAUUAGAAUUAAGACUAUUUGACGAUUUGUGCCAGGAGUUGAAAAUAGGUCAAGAAUAUCUUGUUAUUGGGAAAUACGAAGUUUUAAACAGCUUUUACAACGUCUACAGUUUAUUGUUAAUUUAAUAAUGUACCAUUUCGACCGAUCGUCGUCGUCAUCCACAAAUCAGAAAUCACAGCAAAUUGAAGAAUCGUUUUUUGAUGACAAUUCUCAAGACGACUUUUUUGCAACUUCGUCAUCAAAGAAUUUGUCAAGCUUUAAAUUCACAUUUCCUAGUGUCCAAAACACGUUAAAAGACCUCUACUUUCCUGCCAAUUCUUUAGAUUCACAAAAACAUACAAGCAACGAAUUUUUAUCGACUUUUAGCGAAAAUUACGAAAAGAAUAGAAGUCAAUCAACGCAACUCGAACAAAUUCAUGAUUUAAGUGACAGUACACAGACGUUGUUUGAUGAAGAUAAUGACUCUGAUGAUAUAAUCUAUAAAUCUCAAAAGAGUGAUGACAACAAAACUCGGUUAGAAGUUAAUUCUUCCAUAAAUUCACCAGAACAGCAAGGAAGCAUUCAUACAUUUCAACCUUUAACUUUAAAUGUGCCAAAUUUUGGCAAUAAAGACUUGACAACAUUACCAGAAUCAAUAAUUGAGUUAUAUCGAGGAAUUAAUGAGAAUUAUUCAGACUUUACAUUCACAUCAAUCAUUGCUGGUCAAUUAUGUUCUGAUAAAUUUCCAAUGAAUGCAUAUAGUCAUUUAAAAAUGCCUUUAUUGAUGAGUCUCGUUACAUCUCGAGAGAAUAAGUUGCAUAUUAUAGGAGUGGGACAAGAUGUAGCACAUGCCAGUAUUAUUAUGAGCUCUAUCGGAAAAUUUGCUCAACGAUUUUUACGCGUGACAUCAAACUUUGAUGGCAUAACUGUAAAUAAUAACAACAUGAUUGAAGGUGGAGGUAUAAGUUUGGCGACGAAUGGAGUUGCCUUUCUCGGAAAUUGGCAAAGAAUUCCACCAAAAUCAAGCUUAAAACUUUUACGUGAAAUUGAGACAAAAACAAUCUUAGUUGAUAAAAUCCAAGGAAACUAUCAACUAGAUACAACAAUAUGGGCUUAUUGGAAUCAUACAUCAAAGAUUAAAAAAGAUUUAGCAUCAAUUAGUCAAUUUAUUAACGUUUUCGGAAUUCCAAUUAUCAUCGAUGAAGUUUAUGGCGAAGAAAGAAUAGAGAUAAUUGAUGAUCUUCUUAAUCAAGUAGCCACAAAGCCAAUUAAUCGAUCAAACGAUUUCCAAAUUUCCGACAAUGAUUUUCAAAUGUAUAUUAAUUAUGCUCAAAAUCUGACUGUCGCUUUCGAUUCUCGUGCCGUUGUUAUGCUUAAAAAUUACUUUAUGGCUACUAAAAUGAUUCGACCAGAUGCACUCUCGGAAAAGGGAUAUGAGGCAAUAAAAGUUAUGGCCGAAUCACAUGCAAAAUUAAGUUUAAGAAAGAUUGUAUCACGCCAAGAUGUUCUUGUUGCAAUUAGCAUAGCUGAGAAAUUUAUCAAGGAAUUUUUUGAAGCUGAUUCAUAUUCGUCUCCAAUAUUUUCAACGACAUCAGCUUCGAUAGACUUUUAUGAUAAAUAUAUGAACGACUUGUAUGAAUGGUACUUGAAUUUCACGAAAGAUAUUUUGGAGAAAAUGUAAUUCCGCUUAAUUUAUUAAUUACUACAUUAUGCACAGAAUAUUGAGUCUAACAGAAUAUGAAG